CUGAUUACAUAGUUAAGUACACCGCAGUGAUCUCUAUGGAUCAGAGGCAGCACUAUAAGGAUGACUUCAAUGCAGAAUAUGAUGAGUAUCGUAUCCUUCAUGCCCGCGUUGAGAGUGUUACUCGUCGGUUUACAAAAUUGGACGCCCAGUGUAAACGCCUGGCACCAGGAACUAAAGAGUACCAGGAAGUACAUGAACAGGUGCUGCAAGAAUAUAAAAAAGUUAAACAACACAGCCCAAACUAUUACGAAGAAAAACAGCGCUGUGAGUACCUGCACAACAAACUGGCCCACAUCAAACGCCUCAUCGCUGACUUUGACCAACGGAGGGCACAGUCCUGGCUGUAGGGCUCGGGACCAAGCAACCCCUUUUGGCCAAUCCGAGCGCUCCUUAACCGGAGGACCAUCUUGAGACGAGUGUGGGGAUCAAACAGUUCCUUAUUUAUUCUAUUUACAGAUUCCCCACUCGCUUGUUUUCCCCAUAUCUAGCCUUCUUCAUCACUCUUGUAUCAUCUUUUCUUCCUUAUUCGUCCUUUCCCAUACCUUUAUAUUCUUUCAUUUUCUUUCUUUUUGAAGGACUGUUGAAGGACAACAAAGAAAAAUUCAACAUUUUUGAAUGCAAAAAGAAAGCUUGCAAUGCAAAACCGUGGGCCUUACAAAGCAUAUUUCUUGAA